CGAUAGAAACCGGUUGUGAGGUAUAUAAAUGUUCAAAUAACAUCAAGAGCUCAUCACACAAUUCGGGAUCUUUCGAAGGAACGCUAGCCAGAACCAGAACCAGCAACUUCAACAGCUCAAGAUGAACAGUCUCGUGAUUUUAGCAGUUCUUGUGAUUGGUACCUACGGCCAGCUGAAUCAAGUAGCAGACUACGAAGGAAACCUUUUUGACUGCGAAUUCGUUGCUAGCUCAACUAGCUGCUGUAUGUUUAAGCGUUUCGACGCGGGGGAGGAUUUUGCAAUGUGCAUGGGUGGAUCAGCCUGGAACCAGGUAAAUUGCACAUGCUCGGAUGCUGAUUUGGUAGACAACUGUGACCCAGCUGUUGAUUGUGCAAGUGGUGUUUAUCAGGAAAAGGUUGACGCAAUAUGUAAAGAUGCAGCAGCUCUUGCCUCAAGCGGUGGAUGUUGUCAAAACAAUAGAGUGUAUUACCCUGUUGACGGUGUAAGCAGCAACUAUACCUUCAACGGCGAGGAAUUGGCAUGUCACCCAGUGAUGGACUUUAACGUUUCCGAGUGCGCCUGUGUUGGACUCGCCCUUAUGGAUAUGUACUUCCCAUAAUGAGUGCCAUUGGGAGACAGAUGCACCAGUAGUACCAUAAUUAGUCUGUAC